CGUCCUCGCCACCAUGGACGACGGACUCGUGCUGAACCUCGUCGUUGAAGACCAUAUACCACAGUCAAAUCCUGUAACAAAAGCGAAGAAAGGUGGGAGAUGGACCGACCGGGCGGCAGCGAAACAGGUCGCAAAAAGAAAAUCGCGGCCUGAAAGCAUCUCGACGUCGCAUAAUGCGGAUGCUGCUACAAGAGAGCGACCUGCAAAACGACCCCGCAUAUCUGACCCCGCAAAUGGACCUCGAGCAACUCUAUCUGCAAAGGAGCCGCGGCGGGGACGUCCCGCAGAAGAUGAAGAGCAUACAGCGACGGGCUCCGACCCUCGCACACAUACCCACGUCAUAUCGUCGCUCUUUACAUCAAAUCCGAUAGUAAAGCCAUCAGAGACGCAGUCCUCUGCGAGACCCAUUGGUCGCCCGAGCAAUGCACCCCUCGCAGACUCUUCGACGUUCGCUGGGCUUGGACUUGAUCCCCUCAUUGGCGCACAUCUCUCGUCCAAGAUGAACAUUGCGUAUCCCACGUCAAUUCAGAGAGCGGCCCUGCCCGCUCUCUUGAGUGGUCCCACGGACGACGGUACGCUGAGGGACGUCUUCAUCCAAUCCCAGACCGGUUCUGGCAAGACGCUCUCAUUCCUCCUUCCCAUCAUCCAAGACCUGUUGCCUCUCAGCUCUCUCUCCUACAUUGACCGCUCUAUUGGGACUCUCGCUAUCAUAAUUGUUCCGACGCGUGAACUUGCGAAGCAGAUUUCAGACGUCCUGGAGGCUCUUCUCAAUCUUCGCCUUCGACCCUCGGACGAGUCGCCUGACGGCGCCGACUCAGGGCCGCGCCUCACACGCUGGGUUGUCUCCGGCGUAUUGACCGGCGGUGCGACGCGCACGCACGAGAAGGCACGGCUACGUAAAGGGGUGCCCAUUCUCGUGUCCACACCAGGUCGCCUCCUCGACCAUCUACAAAACACCUCCUCUUUCAACGUCGGCAAGUGCCGAUGGCUCGUUCUCGACGAAGCCGAUAGGUUGAUGGAACUAGGUUUUGAGGAGAGUAUCCAGGGUAUAUUGAGGAGCCUGGAGGGACGACGAAAACUUGCCUUCCAAGCCGUGCAGGAGGGAAAGAGCACAGAGGUCGGGGGCUGGGACUGGGAGAGGCAAAGACGGACCAUUCUGUGUUCCGCGACGAUUCGCGAGGACGUACGGAAGCUUGCUGGGACGACCCUGAAGAAUCCCAUAAUCAUUAAGGCCACUGAAGCCGACGCAAAUGUGUUUGGCUCUGGUGACGCAAGGCAGGACAUCGACUCGCUAGCUGUCGCCGGAAAGAGCCAACAGUUCACGCCGCCAUCCCAGCUGUCUCAAAAGUACGUUGUGGCUCCUCUCAAAUUGCGCCUCGUCGCCCUCGUCGCGUUGCUACGAUCCUUGCUUUCAUCUCAAAGCAAGCGGGGAACGAAGAUCAUCGUAUUCUUGAGUUGCACUGACUCUGUCGACUUCCACUGGCAUCUCUUUGGCGGCACAUCCAUGGGUAGGGAGGGUGAUGCCGAGGCAUCUUCCGUAUCUGACGAAGAAGAAUCUGAAGGAGAGGCCAAAGGCGGUGCAGACGGUGCUAGCCAUCCGCGGAAACCUGCGGCUAAUGCCGGUACACAGGAGUUAGAAGCUAGAUCACCGCUCCUCCCUGGGACUUCAAUCUUCCGACUGCAUGGUUCUCUUCCGCUCCGAACUCGGCUUGCCUCGCUGCGCGGGUUUUCGUCUGGCUUCUCUUCGAAGCAGCCCAGACCAGAUUCGCCCGUGUCCUCAAUUCUGCUCUGUACAUCAGUCGCCUCCCGUGGUCUUGAUCUCCCCCUAGUCCGUGCCGUAGUCCAAUACGAUCUACCCACCGAGGGUGGUGCGACGGAGUAUGUGCACCGGGUUGGACGGACGGCUCGUGUGGGCAAGGGUGGCGAGGCUUGGAGCAUCGUCGCGCCCAGUGAAGUUGACUGGGUCAAAUGGGUCGAAGACAGGAUGCGCGGCGAUACCGGGAGCGCGGUAGAGAGUAUCGCCGGAGAAGGGAAAAAACCUUCGUCGCUGCAGAGUGUCCAAGUGGAGACCGUGCUACGAAAUGGCUUUGGCGGUAAAGGUUCAGAAUACGAAGAGCGAGCUACGGAGGUCCAGCUCUCUCUAGAGCGAUGGGUACUCAAAGACAAGCAUAACGCCGAGCUUGCGCGAAAAGCUUUUCGCUCGCAUAUGCGAGCGUAUGCCACACAUCCGUCAAAUGAGAAGCACAUUUUCCACAUCCGUCAUCUACACCUGGGGCAUCUGGCUAAGGCGUUCGCACUACGCGAAGCCCCGAAUGCCGCCACAGCUGGCUCCAAGGCCAACUCUAAACGGAAAGCAGGAAUACAAAGAAGCAAGCCCUCCACCACCACAAAGAAACGGACCGUCGACGCGGAGGAUGAUGACAAUGUCGCGGAAGCAGAGCGGCGCAUGGAGAAGGUUGUUCGAGAACAGGGUCGCCUUACGAGGAAGGGCGGGAAGAUGGUCAGCUCUGGUGCUGCUGAGUUCCAGAUCGCUGGUGGCUAUGACCUGGAAAAGUUGGCGCAUCGGACAUGAAACACGCCUCCCCUCGUUCAUCGCAUGUACCUUACGCAUGAGCUCACGAGACUACAUACAUACUACAACGGCUGCUUUCCUCGGGGAUGUUCAUGUUUGUGCUUGCAGUGUCCUUCGGUCCCUUUGAGUGUAUACCGCCACAGGCGGCUUAGUCAUAUGUUUUCGAACCUGAUAUGGCAAUAUCCAGCGGUUUUUUAGAUUAUUGUCUUCACCC